AUGGUGGCCAAACAGAGAAUCCGAAUGGCAAACGAGAAACACAGCAAGAACAUCACACAGAGGGGCAACGUGGCCAAGACCGCGAGGAACGCCACGGACGAGAAGUCAUCGGUAGGUCCCUGGUUACUGGCCCUCUUCAUCUUCGUGGUCUGCGGAUCCGGUGGGUGCAUUCUCUAUUUACAUUACUAUUGGCCAAUCACUGAAGGAGCUACAAGUACCAGCAAUCCCUGCCAGGGUCAGAUAGUUGUGUGUGCCAGCACACACCUUACAAUCUGA